GUCCUGCAGCCUCGGAUGCGAGCGCAACAGAGGGGAGCUGGUUGUUCCUACGGGUGGGAGAGCACUGUCACCCCACCACUGUUCCCAUCCCCAAAUUGGCGAGCCCUGGCUCCCACCUGCUCCCCGCGUGCCGGUUUCCUGCGACUUUAAAGUUCCCUCGGCGCACAAAGCAAAAGAGGGAGGAGAAAGGGUUUCAUCAUCGCUCCUGGGACCAGACUUAUAAAAACUUUGCGCUCCGGCUGCCCGCCUCACUCGCUGGCUCAGAGAGUUUUCGGCACGGACCGUGUGUGCUGCCGGCGGUGGGACCGGCUGGAGAGGGACGGCAGCCCAAGCACAGCCCAGCUAUUUGGGGCUCCCCGGGAAGCCACCACGAUGGGAGUCCACCCUGAAGCCAGCAAACUCCCAGCUGACAUCUCCAAAAAGUCCAGCACCUGCUCCCGGAGUAUCUUCUGCAACAUCAAGGUGUUUGUGCUGUGCCAUGGGCUUCUCCAGCUCUCCCAGCUCCUCUACAGCGCCAACUUCAAGAGCAGCCUCACCACCAUUGAGAAGCGCUUUGGGCUCUCCAGUCUCUCUUCGGGUUUCAUCUCCAGCUUGCAUGAGAUCGGCAACGUGGUCCUCAUCAUCUUCGUCAGCUACUUCGGCAGCCGAGUUCACCGACCGCGGGUGAUUGGCGUGGGGGGGCUGCUGCUGGCGCUGGGCGCGUUCCUGGUGACCCUGCCCCACUUCCUAUCAGACCCCUAUGAAUACACCACACUCAGCGCCGGCAACAAGACCCAGGCCCAGGCUGAACUUUGCUACGCAGAUAAUAAAUUCAUGUGCCCAAAUGCCACCCAGGACCCCCAGAAGGAGGCCAGUAGCAUAUGGGCAAUGAUGGUCAUCGCCCAGCUGCUGGCUGGGAUCGGGACGGUUCCCAUCCAGCCCUUCGGCAUAUCCUACGUAGAUGACUUUGCAGAACCAAACAAUUCCCCACUAUAUGUUGCCAUCCUCUUUGCCAUCGCCGUGUUCGGCCCUGCUUUUGGGUACUUGCUGGGAUCCGUGGUGCUGCGGCUCUUUGUGGAUAUCGGAAGAGUUGACAUUGCAACAGUGGCCCUGACGCCGAGGGACCAGCGAUGGAUUGGAGCCUGGUGGCUGGGACUGCUGAUCUCCUCGGGCUGCUUGGUGCUCACGUCCAUUCCGUAUUUCUUUUUCCCUCGGUACAUGGUGAAAGGAGAGGACCCAAAGGCAGAGGCUGGGAUGCUGAGGAAGAUGGAGAAGGGGACGGCUGAAGAAACCUCCCUGCUGGAGUUCGUAAAAAAAUUCCCAAAGAUCUUCCUCCGUCUACUCCUCAACCCCCUCUUCAUCCUCCUGGUGCUGGCUCAGUGCAGCUUCUCCUCAGUCAUCGCGGGUCUGUCCACAUUCCUCAACAAGUUCCUGGAGAAGCAGUAUGGCGCCUCCUCCUCCUACGCCAACUUUCUCAUCGGAGCUGUGAACCUGCCAGCAGCCGCGCUCGGGAUGCUCUUAGGAGGAAUCAUCAUGAAACGCUUCGCCUUCUCCCUCCGGGCCAUCCCCCGCUUUGCCGUGGUGGUGCUUGUCUUCUCCAUCCUCAUCUGCCUGCCCAUUUUCUUCAUGGGCUGCUCCACAGGGCACAUCGAUGGGAUCUACCCCCCCAGUACAUUGAGUUCCCAGCAGCAGGUUAAGGCUCUGAGUGGGUGCCACUGCUCAGAGCACAUCUUUCACCCCGUGUGCGGAGAAAACAACGUGGAGUACAUCUCCCCCUGCUUCGCUGGCUGCACCAACAGCACCACCACUGCUUCCACUCCCAAGCAAGUGAUCUACAGGAACUGUUCCCUGAUCCCUGCUGGGAAAGGGCUGUCCUCCGCCAAGACAGGCUCCUGCCCGCUCAGCUGCUCCCACAUGCUCCUCCCUGCCAUAUUCCUCAUCUCCUUGGCCGCACUGGUCGCCUGCCUGUCCCACAACCCCCUCUACAUGAUGGUUUUACGGGUGGUGAACCAGGACGAAAAGUCAUUUGCCAUCGGAGUCCAGUUUUUACUAAUGAGGCUGCUGGCCUGGCUGCCAGCCCCAGCCAUGUUCGGUGCCCUCAUCGACUCCUCCUGCAUCUACUGGCAGAAGCAGUGCAGCCAGCGCCGGUUCUGCGCCUACUACAACAACGAUUUCCUCCGCAACAGAUACCUGGGGCUGCAGGUGGGCUACAAGGUGGUGGGCACUGCCCUCCUCGCCCUCAUCGGCUGGAAGGUGAAGAGGAGCAAGGAGUACAACGUGCAGGAGAAGGCGGCGGGGCUGGUGUAGCCCCCUGAGGACUGACUCCGCACCCCAUGUUACCAGUACUUUGUCUUUUUUGGGUUUGUUUUGCCUCCCACGGCAGUGACUUUACCUCGGCAGCUCCAAGCUCCUCUCCUGCAGCCCGUGGCACCGUCGUGCUCCUGGCAAGGGACAUUCUGUGCCAGCCCCAUCCUGGCACCGAUUUCUCCGUCGCUUUGGGGAGGGCGCGGCCCCCAGCACCUGGAGCAGGAGGGAGAUGGGGGCUGGACCACAGCCACAUCCUAUAUCCCAGAGAAGUACCUGCUGCGGGUGACGGUCCCAGCUCUGGUGUGACGUUCCCAGCAGGGUGAUGCCCUCCAGCUGGGACAGGAGCAGGGGGACAGCUGCUACCCCUGUGGGGCUGCCCUGCGUCCCCCCAUCUGCUCUUCUUGCAGAGGUCAGCGUGGAUAUCGCACACGUGUUGUGACAAGUUAUCACCAAGGGUUUGGUUUUUAUUUUUGCAGAACAUUUGGGGGGGGUUGUUGCUUUUUUUUUUUUUUUAAAUAAAGGUCACUUUUCCAA